AUGUUAUUUUUGUGCCAUGCAGGUGUUCUUGCUCCAAUUUUCAUCCUUGUCUCCUUAUUCUUAUUCCUCUGCAUACUGAAACGACCUGUUAAACCAGGUUCUUUUCAACUCGACCAAGCUCGAUAUAACAGUACCUUAUUGUUUCGGAAAGGUUGUAGGACUAGACUGUUUAGUUACAGAGAGCUAGACGAAGCAACUAGAGCAUUCGAAGACAGUCAGAUGCUAGUAAAUGACAAAAAUGGCACAAUUCAUGCAGGUAUCCUUAGUGAUGGCUCACAUAUAGCCGUGCAGAAAGUGCAAUGCGAGACUGAACGAGACUUAAUCGAUGUUCUAUCGAGAAUUGAGCUUAUAUCAUCUGUUGUACAUAGGAAUUUAGCUCGACUGGUCGGAUGUUGUAUCGAAUCUGGUUCCACUUUAUUGGUGGUAUACGAAUAUCCUGCAAAUGGUACCUUGGAGAAACAUUUGCAAUAUAGCAAGGGACAAAAAUUUGUUCUGGAUUGGUACAAGAGAUUGAGAAUAGCUACUGAAAUUGCAAGUAUCUUAGCAUACAUGCAAUAUGAGAUUGCUCCACCAAUCUUUCACCAUGGACUUAAAUUGUCUGACUAUGUUUUUCUCGAUGUGGAUUUCUCGGUUAAGAUUUCCGGUUUAGCAUUGCUUAGCUCGGGGUGCGGAGAUGGUCACAACAACUAUGAAAACGAUGUUUACGACUUCGGUUUGUUACUAUUAGAGAUAAUUUCAGGAAACAAAUAUACAAACAUGCCAACAGUAGCUUUAGAAAAGAUCAAGAGUGGGAAACUAGAAGAAAUAGUGGAUCCGUCUCUUUCCUACCACGAACAACCGAUAACUCGUCGAGAACAAAUUGAAAUAGUUGCAGACAUAGCAACAAGGUGCUUGUUGUUUGGUGCAGAUGCCAAGAUUGGAAUGAUUGAUGUUGCAAAGGAGUUGGUACAUAUUGCAAAAGAGGGAAAUAAGAAGGGACCUGAAUUUGAAGAAACAUUUUCAAACUCAAGCUUGCUUCAAAUGAUUUCCAUGUCACCUGAUUCUAUACAUGUCCCUUGA